CAGGCAAAUGUUGCCAGUCAGACCUUCCAAGAACUGAUCUUGUCACUGUUCCUGCCUGGAAAGGGAGUGGAGUUGAGCAGCCUCACAUGGACAUUACCAGCCAUGGCUUUCCUCCCUGGAAACUCCUCCGAGUGCUCCAACUGCACCCACUUCGUGGAGCCCGUGAACAUUUCCAAGGCCAUCUUACUGGGUAUUAUUCUGGGGGGGCUGAUUGUUUUUGGGGUUUUGGGUAACAUCCUGGUUAUCCUGUCCGUAGCCUGCCACAGACACCUCCAGAGUGUCACCCACUAUUACAUCAUCAACCUGGCUGUAGCCGACCUCCUCCUGACUUCUACCGUCCUGCCCUUCUCAGCUACCAUGGAGAUUUUGGGCUACUGGGUCUUUGGGAGGAUCUUCUGCAACAUCUGGGCAGCUGUUGACGUGCUUUGCUGCACCGCUUCCAUCAUGAGCCUCUGCAUCAUCUCCAUCGACCGGUACAUCGGGGUGAGCUACCCGCUGAGGUACCCCAGCAUUGUGACAGAGAGGAGGGGGGUCCUGGCCCUGCUGUGUGUCUGGGCACUGUCCCUGGUCAUCUCCAUCGGGCCCCUGUUCGGCUGGAAGGAGCCAGCCCCGGAGGACGAGACAAUCUGCCAGAUCACCGAGGAGCCCGGCUACGUCUUGUUCUCAGCGCUGGGCUCCUUCUACCUGCCGCUCAUCAUCAUCCUGGUGAUGUACUGCCGGGUCUACGUGGUGGCCAAGAGGGAAAACAAAGGGCUGAGCUCGGGGCUGAAGACAGAGAAAUCCCAUUCCGAGGAGGUGACGCUGCGCAUCCACCGCAAGAACGCGCCCGGAGCCGGCGGCUCGGCGCCCAACCCCAAGAGCAAGCACCACUUCUCUGUACGCCUGCUCAAGUUCUCCAGGGAAAAGAAAGCUGCCAAAACCCUGGGGAUUGUUGUAGGGUGCUUCGUUCUCUGCUGGCUCCCGUUUUUUGUGGUGAUGCCUCUUGGUUCUUUCUUUCCUGCAAUCAAACCCCCGGACACACUUUUUAAAAUAACAUUUUGGCUGGGAUAUUUAAACAGCUGCAUCAACCCCAUCAUCUAUCCAUGCUCCAGUCAAGAGUUCAAGAAAGCGUUCCAGAACGUCCUGAAAGCUCAGUGCCUCCUGAGGAAGCAGCCAGCAAAGAAGCAAACCCCCAGCUUCAACCUCAACCAUCCUGCUGGCCAGGGCGUGGAGAGUGGCAGAGGGGUGGUCAGGAUCCCUGUGGGCUCAGGAGAAACCUUCUACAAGAUUUCCAAGUCGGACGGGGUCUGCGAGUGGAAGAUCUUCUCGGCCGCGCCCUCCAAAAGCGCCGCUGCCAGAGACUGCACGGCUGCCAAAGCCAAGAGCAAAGGGUUCCUGCAGGAAUGCUGCUGUGCAGGCACUGCAGGCAGCCUGCUCCAGCACAGCUGCAAGGUGCCAACCAUCAAAAUCCACUCCAUGUCCCUGAGCGAGGCCGGGGAGGAUGUGUAA